UCUUUUUUUUCUACCAGCACAACACAUGUGGUAGUGGCGAGUGGACGAAGGAGCAUCGUGAUUAGUGCACGCUAGGAUAAUUUCUUCGUGUUUUCUUCCACUUAUGUCGUCUCUGAUAGCCCGAACGGAUAGCGAAAUUCACGAUGGGCUACGAUUUGGAACGAUUUACCAGACCGGUGGACGAGGAUUUCAAGUGUAGUAUCUGCUUGGCGGUGCUGGAGAAUCCAUUGGCCACGCCGUGCGGACACGUCUUCUGCGGCAACUGCGUGCUGCCCUGGGUCGUGCAGCACGGAAGCUGCCCGCUCAAGUGCGACAAGUUCUCCACCAAGGAGCUCAACAACGUCCUCCCGCUCCGCAACCUGAUCAUGAAGUUGGAGAUACGCUGCGACAACCAUACCCGAGGCUGCCAGGAGGUGGUAAAGAUCCAAAUGCUGCCCCAACACCUGGAAGAUUGCGAUUUUGCGCCGGUGACUUGCGCCAACAAAGGUUGCGAAGCCGUGGUGAACAUCAAGGACCAGGUUCAGCACCAGACGCAGCAGUGCGAGUACCGGCCCGUGGGCCGGUGCGAACAGGGCUGUAACCUGGUCCUCCAACACAACGCCGUGGCGGACCACAGCUGCCUGAAAGCCAUGCAGGCCCACUGUGCCAACUUGCAGGCCAAGAUAUCGAGCCAGGAGCACAGUCUCAAGAAGACGACUGUGAGAUUCGGCAAGAGGGAGAAAUCCCUGCUGGCUCAGAUCGCUUGCUUGCAGAAUGAGAUACAGAUGCAGGCGCUCCGGUAUCAGAAAAAGCUGAACGAAUGCAAAGCGGAAGUGGAAUACAUGUCGGCAAUGGCCGUUUAUGAUAGGCCUUGCGAAGAAGUUCCUCUCGCUUUGCAACUUGGUCGCGAAAAUGGCAGCCUUGGAUUUAAUAUAAUUGGUGGCAAUCGGGUUGAGGGUAUUUCGGAGGGCAUCAUCGUGUCAAGGGUCAUCGAGAACGGACCGGCGGACAAGUCUCAACUGAGGUUGCACGACCGCAUCACAAAGAAUUUCCCUUGCCUCCCCAAGAAGUCUUUGACAGCAGUGCCAUUGCCCUCUGCUAAAGUGUCAGAACGGAAUAAUUGGAUUGCGUACGCUGCAAGGGACAAAAGAAGAAGAAGGAAAAAGAUCCUUUUUUUGUGUGAUGUAUGCCUCAUCAGCCGUUCCAACGCAGAAUUGUAGUGUCCACUUACAUCGCCCAUCAAGGAAGGGCAUAAAAGGAGUGGGGCAGUUCGGGCUGUGACCAAGUCUUGGUGGUUGGACAACAUUGGAAAACAGUUUAACGGCUAGCCCAGUCUCCACCAUUGUCCGGCAAGACUUGUUUUUCUCUGUGUGAAUUACGGCCGGGGGAAGAAAACAACCCCUUGCUAUAGUCCGGUAUGUUGGCUCAGUAAUUCCAUCCGCAAUGGGUGUCGUGAAUCCCGGUAUUUUGCGAGAGGUUGCACAGGUGAUGUACCCCCAUGGCAGAAAAGCCCCCUGUACAAACAAGACCACGGGUGCCCUCAAUUCUCUCCCUUUCAGAUUUUUUUCUUUCUUUUUUACCCCUACUUGCAAGGAUCAACACGCCCUGGUGUGUUAUUUUCUCCCAUAUUUUUCUCCGAUCUGCGAUCUUGGGUGGAGUGUUAGGGUCUGAGUGAAAAGUUGGGCAUUUAAAGCCUUUUGCGGCACCAUCAGAGGAUUUGGAAAAGCUACGAGUCGGCUCUGUCGGCUCUAUCACCUCCGUGUCAAGUGCUUGUUCCCUUUUCUUGCGAGGGUGGCAAACUGGGGGGUUUUGCCGACAGCAAACUUGUCAAUUGUUUAUACAGGACCCCACGGGCAAAUUGC